CUGUACCCAGUUACCCACUGGGUUGACUCAGAUCAACUCACAACCACGCAUAGUGCUCGUCCCUACCAUUAGUCAUUUGAUUGGUCAGCACAGCACGGUGGCUUAUCCCAUUCUUUCCGGAUCCAGCACCUCUGCAAGCCUCAAGAUCUUCUCCAGGCCUGCACGCUGGGGAAGACAAGUAGAUGUUUGCGAUCAUGUGAUAGUGCUUCUUCUGCAGUCAAAAUUUUGUUUAAAAGAAAAUGGACGGUGACUCUAGCAGAUGUGGCAAGCUGGAGAGCAUAUUACAAGAUGGAAGUUUAGAACCACACCAUCUACCACUAGGAUAUUUGAGAAACAUCACAAACAACUUCUCCGAGGAGCGGGUACUUGGUGAAGGUGGUUUCGGCACGGUAUAUAAGGGAGUGCUACCAAAUGGGAAAACGAUUGCUGUGAAAAAAUUCAAUUCGUCAUCUCCAGGAGUUAAGGAUAGGCAUUUUGAGAAUGAAGCCUCUCAUCUUACGAGGCUUAAACACCCAAAUAUAGUGUUACUUGUAGGCUGGUGUUCUGAAACAGAGAAUAUAUAUGUACAGUACAAUGGGAAAUACAUCUGCGCCGAGAAGUCAGAAAGGUUGCUUUGCUUGGAGUACAUGCCUAAAGGAAACCUUCGUGGGUAUCUUUCAGAUGAAGCGUCCGGACUUGGUUGGGACACACGCUACAAAAUAAUCGAGGGCAUUUGUUGUGGUUUACAUUAUCUACACGAGGAAUGGCAACAUAGUACCCCUAUUAUUCACAUGGAUCUAAAACCUGCAAACAUAUUGCUUGAUGACAAUAUGGUGCCUAAAAUUGCGGACUUCGGCUUGUCCAGACUCUUCAGUGAUGAGAAAACUUGGACUUGCACCAUAAAUCGUGAUGGAACAUUAGGUUACAUGGCGCCGGAAUACAUAAACAAAGGUCUAAUCACAACAAAGUCAGACGUAUUCAGUUUGGGUGUUAUAAUCAUAGAGAUAGUGACCGGACACAGGAACUAUCCAGACGAGAACUGUCCAGACCAGACUCCCCAGGUAAUAAAGAAAUGGAGAAAUAGGCUGCAAAAGACAACGAGUGAUGAAGAACUUUAUUAUUACCAGCAAAUAAGAAGAUGCAUUCAGAUAGGUCUGGUCUGUGUGGACCUUGAUGGAUCCAAAAGACCAACAACAAGCCAAAUUAUCAAGAUGCUUCACGUAGAAAGUGCAGAUUUAAGCGGGAGAAAAAGGCAAGUAUACCCGUGCCAUAUGCAUGUGGGCGAUUCUGGGCGUGGAGUGCGGGGAGAAGAAGCGGGACCAGGACCCGAGGGGGAGAUGGGAGGUGCAGAGCGCGCGCAAGAUGGCGAGAGGCGAGGCCUGAAAUGCUGUGCCCCACCACUCUACGGUAAUGGAGGAGGAAGCGCAAGCGGGGGCGGAGCGCAGACGCCAGCUGCUGUGGUGCAGCACGGUGGCGUGGUAGCGAUGGUGGGGUGGACGCGCUCGGCCGGGGCACACGCGGAGGAGGCGUCGCCGGCGGGUGCCGCCUCGGUGAGCCACAUCACUUCCCGCAGGACAGGGGUGACGGUGGGGUGCACGUGCUCGGCCUGGGCGCACGUGGCGGAGGUGUGGACGCGCUGGACUGGGGUGGGGAGGACGCGCGCGGGGCAGGCGGCAGCGCGAGCGGUGGAUGCACCGAUGCGUGAUGCGGAUGCACGGUCACGCGCGGCGGGGCAAGCGGCAGCGCGCGCGGCGGAUGCACGGGUGCUUGCUGCGGGCGCGGCGGAUGCACGGGGGCGCGCGGCGGAUGAGCGGGCACGUGCCACGACGCGCGCGGCGGAGGAGCGGGCUCGCUCGGCGGCUGAGCGGACCCGCAUAGCGGAUGAGCGGGCACGCACCACGAUGCGCGCGGCGGUGGAGCGGGCUCGCGCGGCGGCUGAGCGGACCCUCAUAGCCGACGAGCGGGCGCGUGCCACGAUGCGUAUGGUGGAGGAGCGGACAUGUGCGGCGGAGCGCAUGGCGGAUGAGCGAGCCCAUGCGGCGGACGAGCGGGCGCGCGCGAUGGAGGAGCGGUCGGCCAGGGCAGAGGCUCGCUCGGCCAGGGCGGCGGUGGCGGCGGGGUGGACGCGCUCGGCCGGGGUGGGCACAGCGGAGUCGUGGCUGGCUGAUCACCGGUACCCGUCAAGCAGGAGCAACUGCAUGCAGUAGAGGGUAUGCGCGGGGAGGUGAGGAAAAAAUUACUUCGCAGAAACAUUCUGGAAUAUGCAAUUUCUAUGAAUCAACAUUUAGUCGCACCUCCUUGGAUCCUGGCAUAUGGGUUCAAUGUGAGAGGUAAGGCAGACCCAAUAUUAGUGAUAAAUGCUUACAAUUAUUUUCUAUCUUGUACUAUUAGAGAUGCACAUGCCACGGGCAUAUGUUUUAAAAAAAACAAUAAAUUAGAUAUUUAUAUUAUAUAAAAGACACACAUAAAACCAACUCUUAUUUGGUCUAAAGUAGCUUAAACAUAAAGUGAUCUACAGUAAUUUAUUGAUACAUCAACAACCCACCAUUAUUAGAUAACUGUCUCGCUUGAGCAUUAUUGGUUGUGUUCAUCUUUAGCAGGAUUGUUGUGAAAGGCGUGAUCGAAACAUGCACUCAUACAUAGUUUUUAGCACAGGAUAAUGGCUCUCACGAUCUGAAUGCUGCGUAGCAUAUGAAUUUUUAAUCUCAUCAUAAUGUGCAGCAACAAGAUUAAUGCUUUCAUGCACAUCAUCAGCAGAGCGUAUACCGUUUCUAACACCUCUAAAAAAAUGCGGAUAGAUCUUUUGCUUUAAAUUAAACUUUACUCCCUCCAUCUCAAAUAACGAUGUUUGAAGACAUUCUAGGUGGUCUGCCGAUUCUAGAAGAACCCUGCGCGCACUUGCCCAGACGGGUCCCUCCCAGACGAGUGUUCGUCGGACGUUCGCUGGUUUUCCCAUCAGACAUUCGCUGGUUUUCCCAGCGAACCAGUCUGACCGAUCUUCUUGACCGGCCUGAUCGCCCUGCGUAGGAGGCGCUGCAUCGAGCCCCUCCUUGCGCCGCACAUGCUAGUGCGAUUGUGUGUUGGUCCAAAAAAAGCAUCAACACUUCUGUUGAAUCCAACUCGAGCCGUCGAGCCUCAUCUGCUUCGCCCUCUUGGUAUGCUUCAACUCUUGGAGACUUCCACAUUAUAUCUGAAGGGAGAAUAGCUUCUGAUUUGUACGUUAGGAAGAACGGGGUUUGACCUGUUGCCUUGCUGGGCCGAGUGCGCAGCCCCAGAUAACAUGUGGUUGCUCAUAAAUCCACUUGCCUCCUUUCUUGGUAUUUGCAUCGUAAACCCUUUUCUUCAAUCCAUAAAGUAUUUGGCCGUCAAUACGCUCAACCUGGCCAUUGGCACGCGGAUGGGCAACAGACACAUACUUGACGUCGAUGCAGGCAUUCUCGCAAAAUUCCCAGAAGGAUUGGGAAGUGAAGUUUGAACCCAAAUCUGUGAUGAUAGUGUGAGGGAAGUCGAACCGGUACAAGAUGUCGCAGAUGAAAUCGACUGCUCUGUCUGCCGAGAUCUUGGUGAUUGGCUUGUACUCGAUCCAUUUGGUAAACUUGUUGACUGCCACCAAUACAUGAUUAAACCCUCCUGGCCCUGUGGUUAAAGUUCUGAUCAUGUCCAAACUCCAACAGGCGAACGGCCAUGAUGGAGGGAUCGUGAUCAGGUUGUGAGCUGGGACGUGUGCUUUGCUUGUCGAAGUAUUGACAUCUUGCGCAUCACCGAACGUGGUCUUCUGCAUCUAUCAAGGCUGUUGGCCAAAAAAAUCCUGAUCUGUAAGCCUUCUCGACCAGAGUUCUUGACGCUGCAUGGUUUCCAUAGGAUCUGUCAUGAAUUUCAUCAAGAUACUUCUGCUUUCUUCGAUGGUGACACACUUCCUGAGUAUUCCAGAGGCAAAUCGCUUGUAAAGCUUAUCCCCAACCAGAAUGAAUCAUUUGCUUCGGCGCACGAUGGUUGCUGCUUGAAUGCCUUCUGGAUCAACAUCUGGUGGUAGCUUGAAUUCUCUGAUGAAGUCGAUGAAGGAUGUCCGCUAAUCUUCCUUAAUCAUCAUAACCUCUCGACUGGUAGGCGAAGCCUCCUUGUUGGUGGUUGAAUGAUUUGGUAAGUUGACGGAGGGGUGGCGCAACUCAUGUAGAAAUACUCGUAUUCUGCUUCAUUGUUAGAGACUUUGAACAAUAUCUGGAACACAUACUUGAGUUGUUCUCCUCUGGGAGAAAUGAAAAGAACUCCGGUGUCGCCCGCUUCGAGCUUGAGGAAACCAUUAAAGUACAUCACCCAAUGCUACUUAUUUAGUUUGUUUUGGAAAUUGGAAUCUAGGAACAUGUAACGCUGAGCUGCAUGGUGGAGAAGUGAUUUUCUUUUUGUCCUAUUCAAUCUUGGGUCCUUGGCUUGAAGGUUGGUUGCUGGAAUAGAACACCAUAUUGUUUUGCAACUGAAAUUAUUUAUUACUAUGGAAAUGCACACAUACCCUGGCUGUUUAUUCA